AUUGGUGUUCCUCAGAAAUAUUAGAUUUCUGCUUCUUUGACAAGAACAUUCUUGAAAUUAAUAAUAGUUAUUCUACAUUAAUAUGCAGUUAUCCAUUAUCGUCCUAUUAGUUUUACCAAUUUCUUCAUAUUCAUUUAUUGUCGGAGGAUGUAUUGGGCCGAAAUCUGUACUCGAAAGGUUUCUCAAUGAUAAACAGAAAACUGAAUUGAGAAAAAUGGUUCAUAACAAGUUUGAUGGGUCAAAUGCAGAACAGGUCCUUGAAGAAUCGAAUCGUUACGUGUAUGGCCACGUCACUGAAGAACAAUGGCAUUCAAUUGUUCCUGAAUUGGCAGAAUAUCAAGCAAAAAAGCAUGAAUGCUCGGUUUACGCUCAACUUUUGCCAAAACCAUUAUAUCAACAAUUACUGAAAUCAGUACUUCGAGCGUCUGAAAUGGGUGCAUCGAAAUAUGACGUCAAACGAUUAGUGGAUGAUUAUGUGAAUCGGCUUGCCAAAAACGGUGUUCUACCUGAUGUUAUAGAUAAAGAACCUAUACUUCCACGUGUCACACUUCCGGAAUCUGAAAUAACAUCACAAUCGUAUCGAAAAUACCCGAAAAAACCGAAAGCAAUAGGAAAAGUUGGAAGUACCGGUGGAAAUAGAAAUGGAAUGGGUGCCAUACAUCCAACUCUGAUCAGUUAUCCAGAAGAGCAAAGAAAGACAAAUAGUCGGGUUAAAAAUAAUAGGAGUAACUAUCAUAUUGGAAAUAUUGGGAACAUUGGUGGAAACAUUGGAAAUGGUCAAAAAAUGAACAGGAAUAAAAAUGGAGGAAGAAAUCAAGGAGGAAAUCAUCCGGAUAAUAUGGGAAUUCCAAUGUUCCCCAUUGCUAGACCAACACCGUAUGAUCUUGCCGAAUACAUUGAACGAGGUUUGAACACUGGAAGAUCCAAUCACAGAACUCCACAAAAUUUCCGAAGAUAUCCAGAACAUGAAUGUGACUAUUAUGCGGGACCGUGUGCCACAUCAUUCUAA